AUGGCCGGGUCUCCUGCGCUGCUCCUUCUGCUCGCUCUGGGGCUCUGCUGCCCUGGGAUCCAUGGCCAGAGGGACGAUGUGAUAGCCAGGUUUCGUGACAACAGCACAAAACAUGCCCAGCUGGGACAGCAGUUGGAGCUGGAAUGUGUGACUUUCAAGGAGCACAGUGGCGUGUUCUGGGUCCACCAGGACAAUUUUGGGACCAAUCACUUCAUUGUCUACAUCUAUUCCACAUCUUGGACCAUCUUUGAGGGGAAUAAGCAGACAUCAGCACGCUUCGAGGCAAGGAAAGUGGGGAGGACCUACCAGCUGACUGUGAAGUCUUUCACAUCGCAGGACGAGGGGAACUAUUUCUGCAUCGUGAACAGCAAACAAAUGCUGUACUUCAGCCAUGGCCAGCCUGUCUUCUGUCCAGACACCAGCAAGGAGAAAGAGCUGAGAAUCUUCUGUGACAUCCUCUGGGUUCCCUUGGUGGGCGCCUGCCUCCUGCUCCUCCUUGCCCAGGCAGCCACUGUCAUGCUGUGUCAAG